AUGGCGCUCUUCUACCUUGGCCUCAGCUCCUCCUGCGAGGACUACUUCGUCUACCCGCUGCAGCUCGCCGUCUCCAUGGCCCUCUUCUACCUCGGCCUCAGCUCUUCCUACGAGGACUACUUCUUCCCGCUGCAGCUCGCCGACCUGCCCUCCUCCCUGCCUCUUCUAUUAACCCCGCCUUCCGUCAUCAAGGCCAGACUCCCCGUCGUGAGGUUCUCCAGCCUCGGGACGAGCUCUCUCCAAGGAGGAGACGACGCCAUCUGCGCGGUGUGCCUGGGGCGCCUGGAAGCGAGGCACGAGGUCAGGGAGCUCGGCAACUGCCCUCACGUCUUCCACAAGAGGUGCAUCGAUAAGUGGGUGGACAUCGGGCAGGUCACCUGCCCACUGUGCCGAGCUCAGCUGCUGCCCAUGGGAAGGGACGAGGAGGAUCGAUGGAUUGGCUGCUGAUCCCUCAGCAUCAUGAAGCACCUUCCGGACGUGGAAAUUCGACUCACCGGUGAAGCUAUUAUUUGCUCUCUACUUGGCUGUUCAAAUAAUGGUGUAAUUAAUUGUACAUGGAAAGAAAACAUCUAUUCGAUCGGAUGCUUUCUGACUGUGUAGUAAAGGAAAAAAAAAAAAAAAAGGUUGAUAAUAGUCGGAUUGACGAAAGGCAGUAAGUAACAAAGAGAUGUUGGUGGUUAA